AUGAGUUUGAAGGUAGUGUCAUGCUUUCUUUUGGCCACUGUGGCUUUGGCCAGCUUGAGCGAUCUUCAUCUGCCUGAGGAAAAGCUGACUGCAGUGAGUUACCUAUGUUGUGGUAGAUGUAAUUGUAACACAAAUUGUAUAAAUUGCAAUCAGCAGUUUUUAUAAGACAGAAAACUAUAUUAUCCUUAAGAUAAUAUAUUAUCCUUAAGAUAAUAUAGGCACUUUGCUAAAUGCAGUUGAUAUAAAAUGCCUUCAGAUGGAGCUCAUUGAGUACUGGGGCUACUACGGUGAAGAACACAUCGUGGAGACUGAAGACGGUUGGAUUCUGCCAAUGCACCGUAUCCCCCGUGGCAAAAAUGAGACUGAGAACACACCUGGAAAGCCGGUCGUCAUCCUCCAACACGGUCUGGAAUGCUCUAGCGACAACUUCUUGCUCAAUCUCCCUUCUCAAAGUCCUGGAUUUGUCUUCGCUGACGCUGGCUUCGACGUCUGGAUCCCAAACACUCGUGGUAACAGCUACACAUCUAACAAAAACUACGACAGAACCGAGUCUGGCUUCUGGCACUUCACGUGAGUCUAAAAUCUUUACAAUCUUUAGUUUAAGACUAUAUUAUAGUAGAUAAAGCUAGCCUAAAACUCUAAGCUUAAAAAAAAGGUAUUAUUUAUUAGCUAUGAAUAACAUUUCAGAAGCGACGAAAUGCAAAUGUACGAUAUGCCAGCCUACUUUGAUGUGAUUGAGAAUGUCACUGGCUUGCCCAAGUUCUACUACGUUGGCCACAGUCAAGGUACCUACAUCAUGUUCGCCAAGCUCGCUUGGGAUCCUUCUUUUGCUGACAGAGUCAUCAAGUACUUCGCUUUGGGCCCUGGAGUCGUAUUCAAGGAUCUCAAAGGUGUGUUCGACAUCGUCUGUGACACCAACAACUUUGCUCUUGGUCAGAGCAUCUGGGACUUGGUACCAUACACAGAGUUCAGCCUGGGACUCCUCAGCCAACAGUCUGUCGACUUCUUGACUGACCUCACCUGUACUCUCGAGAUUGAGCGUGAAUACUGUGCUCAUGUGUACUAUCUGUUUGGAGGACCUAGUACUCAGACCAAUGUCACCAGAAUGCCAGUCUUUACCACUCACAUCCCAGCUGGUGCUUCUACUGCUUUGGUCCAGAAGUACUGUCAGACCGAAAUCAACGGAACGGGUGGCUUCAGAUGGUACCGUUACCCCACUGAUGCCGAGAACAUUGCUGCUUACGGAUCAGUUGACCCUCCCUUGUACAACUUGACCCGAAUGGAAGUUCCUCUCUACCUCUACAGUACUCCCGAUGACUGGCUGACCACCUUGGCCAACUUGGAAGAAGACAUUCUUCCAAACUUGGCUCCAGGAGUGCUCCAAGAAGACAACAGAUACCCUGGCUUCGCUCACAUGGAUCUGAUCUGGGGAUUGAAUGCUACUGAUGCCAUCUUCAACAAGAUCAUCGCCACUAUUAACCAAGACUUGUAA